AUGCGAAUGUUUACACAGAAGCAAAAGGACACAUACGAAAUAGAAAAAAUGGAUGGAGUGUACUCUCAUGGAGCUUACCUUAAUAUCAAAGGAGUGGAUUACGUGUAUAGAAAAUUUAGCAUGAUUGAUAUAGAAUUUAUUUUAUUUGCAUUGUCCGCACAUAAUGCAUUAAACAAUGCAGUUUUUAUAACGCCCAAUGUUGUAUACGUUUUUAAUGAUGAGCCAGAGUUUAAGAAACACUAUGCGGUAUGCGGACUGAAGGAUUAUGUACCAACAAAUGCAGGAAUAACCCAAUCCUUGGAUAAUAGACAGAAUGCAGUUCUGCUAACCCAUGUGAAAGACAUACUCAUGAUUGGUGACAUCGUGUCUAUAGAGAUUUAUGAGAAAAUACAUCCUCAACAGGAACCACUAAAGAAUCUGCAGACCGAAUUAUAUGGCGAGUUGGAAAAUAGAUUUAAGGUUUACGUUCCUCCCCAUAGAAGGAAGAUUGUCCUCUCACCUAUUAACACAUCCAAAAUACAGACCAUUCAACUGUAUGCUCAAUUUUAUGACAUUCCAUUGAACCAUAUUUUGUCAAUUGGAAAUGAUAACAACGACUUGGAAAUGUUGGCUUCCACUGGCUAUUCUGUGGUCGUGAAGGGCUCCACCAAGCCUGCGUUGAAGGUCGCUAGAUGCAUUAGCACCAAGACGAACAACGAGAACGCUGUGGCCAACAUCAUCUUCAGGGUCAUCACGGGAAGAUACAUGUAA